AUGUCCAACUCCGACAUUGUCAGUGCCGUCAAUACCCUCAUAGUGGCCUAUACAUACAAAAGCGGUUCAGUUGACUGGCGGCUAGUCGGUCAAGAACUAGGCGUCGACAAAGAUUGUGCACGAAUGCGCGUGCAACGGCUCAUCAAGAAGUGGCCCUCAUCCGACAUGGACGUAGUCCACGACAAAAUCGCACACAGCAAGCUUGCGCGGCCUCUUGCUGCAGCAGGCGCAACGACAUCCUCUUCGUCCGCCUCCACAUCUCCGACCCGCAUGAAUCCAGGCGGCAUUUCCAAACCUCGGCGCGACAGCAUCCAUUAUCACACCGACCGAGACCACCAGAUCAGAAUCAAUCAGAGUCACUCUCGCGGCUCCAGUCUUGGGUCGAUCGGUCAUGGUGCCCUGUCUACCUCUGUCACAGCCGCGUAUGCCCCGGAAGCGUUUGCAGCCCAGAUCGCAUCACAGACGUCUGGCUAUCAGGACGCCCACAACUACGAAGCACAGCAGGCAGCUCCUGUAUAUCACAGAUUGGCGUACGACGAGUAUUCUGGGCCCACUUACGUGCAGACCCAGUCUUCUGUCCUUCCUCCUCCACAGCCGAUUCAUAUGCAGAACACCACGAAUGCUACUCCUAGAGGCAUGCUUGACAACAACUCAUACCUCAGCGCGUCGGCCUCUAUGAAGAGCAUGAACGCGCCAGGUCCGUCGCAGUCAUACAACAGCAGGUCAUCUUCGCCAUCGCCUAUAUCAUCCUACGGACGCACAAACUCGUCCUCCUCGUCAAACGGGCACUAUGGCAAACAUUAUCAGCCAUACAACCGGUCCACCGACGAGGAAGCCGACGACAGCGGUGACGAAGGCAGCGUGAUUAGUGCCGGUGCCGCAGAGGGCGCCAUGAUGCUUGAAAAAAUGAAAAUCGAUACAAUCCUAGUCUAA